UUCUGAUUCUAGUACUUAGGACCGCUCGGAAGACUUGCUUGCUGGACUGCCUUCGCUUGUGCAUCCCAGGAGGUUGGAACACAGAGAGCCUGUACCAUCUCGCUUCGAAGGGGGAACACCUGAGAAGUCAGCAAAACAGGGGGCCACCUCCCCCCACCCCCUUCCUUUUAGAAACGGAUAAAGGGGGAAAGGAGGCGAGGAGCAGGAAAACGCCCCGCCAGGCUGACGAGCCUCCGCUUCUAAGUUCAGCACCACGGACAGCGCCACCAGCGCCGCCGAUCGCUGAGCGAGGCCGCCUCCCGCUUCCCCGGCAGCAGCCCCUCCGGAGCAGCCCCGGCUCCCGGCCAGGAGCGGAGGGGGGGUGAGCUGGGGGUGUUUCUUUUGCUUUUGCUUUGAAACUAGGCAAGUGCCGAAGAGUUGCAGAGAGGGGGCUCUUUCCCUGGCGAAGAGGAGGAGCCGCCGGAGAAGGCAGAGAAGCCGAAGGAGGGGAGAGGAGGAUUUUCCCAUCCCAGCUCUUUCCAACCCCACCCCCCACCGAGCUCUCCCUCCCUCCCUCCCUCCCUCUCGGUUGCUGGUUAUGCUGCCUCUGCUGCUAGUCGUGGCCACGGCGGCGGCGGCGUUUCCUCUUGCUGGCGAGCGAUGAACGCAGGAGGCGAGAGCGUCUAAGGCAGCUCCUCUGCGGCGCCGGGAGGGUCCCGGUCUCCCGCUCCUUCGCUCUCCUUGAUCCCACUGCGUGGCUGGCUCGCCGGUUGGCGCUGCGUGAGCGCUCCGCGUCGCCGUAUAUAGAGAGAGGCGAGCAGGGAAGCUCCCGGAAGCAGCCAGCCCUCCGCUGUGCGCAAGGAAGGGCUCGCUGCAGCGGUGCCAGCACCGGCAGCGAGAGGCGCUUUCCCUCGCCUCUCCCUUCCUGAUACCCCGCUCGAAACCCCUGUUCCCAUUAGUACCUCGAAGAGGGGGCGCAGGACCACCGGGAAAGGAAAAACGAAGUCCCCGGGACUUGAAUUCGGAGAGACAGAGACAGAGAGACAGAGAGACAGAGAGAGAGAGAUCUACCCCCCGCGAGCAGAGGGCAGAUCCGACGGAGAGGAGGAUCCGACGGCUCUUCUGCACCUGGCGCCUUGGACUAACGAGGAGUCUGGAAGCACAGGAUGGUGGUGGUUCUCCGAGCCGGCUGCCGGGCAGCUCUCUUCCUGUGGAUUUUCAGCAACAUCAGCUGCAGAGCCCGGACAGCUCUGCCGUCCUCCCAAAAAUGUGAGGAGCCCUUGGUCUCAGGCCUGGCCCCCUCCUUCUUCAGCAGCUCGUCAUCGAUGCCGUCUGCAUCCAACAGUUAUGCACCAGGUUUCGCAAAGCUAAACAAACGAGGAGGGGCUGGAGGCUGGUGUCCAUCAGACAGUGAUCAUUACCAGUGGCUGCAAGUGGAUUUUGGCAAUAGGAAGCAGAUCAGCUCUAUUGCUACUCAAGGCAGAUACAGCAGCUCUGACUGGGUGACGCAGUACCGGAUGCUUUAUAGUGAUACCGGGAGAAAUUGGAAGCCAUAUCACCAAGACGGAAAUGUCUGGGCAUUUCCUGGAAAUUUAAAUUCUGACAGUGUGGUCCGGCAUGAUUUACAGCAUCCAGUUAUCGCCCGCUAUGUACGGAUACUUCCAUUGGACUGGAGUGGAGAGGGUCAAAUUGGCCUGAGGAUUGAAGUCUAUGGUUGUCCUUACUGGGCUGAUGUUAUCAAUUUUGAUGGCCACGUUGUAUUACCGUACAGAUUUGGUCACAAGAAGAAAACACUGAAAACGUUGAAAGAUGUGAUCGCUUUGAAAUUUAAAACCUCUGAAAGUGAAGGUGUAAUCUUCCAUGGGGAAGGCCAGCAAGGAGACUAUAUCACCUUGGAACUCAAAAAAGCCAAACUGGUGCUUAAUUUAAAUUUAGGUAGCAACCAAUAUGGGUCAAUUUAUGGCCAUACAUCUGUGACAACAGGUAGCCUCUUGGAUGACCACCACUGGCAUUCUGUAGUGAUAGAGCGCCAUGGGAGGAACAUCAACCUCACGCUUGAUAGGCAUCUGCAGCAUUUCCGGAUCAAUGGGGAAUUUGAUUACCUGGAUUUGGACUAUGAGAUCACAUUUGGCGGCAUGCCAUUUUCUGGGAAACCAAGUUCAAACAGUAGAAAGAAUUUCAAAGGUUGCAUGGAGAGCAUAAUAUAUAAUACCAAUAAUAUCACAGAUAUGGCCAGGAGGAAGAAAUUGGAGCCUUCUAAUGUGGGGAAUUUAAGCUUCUCAUGCGUGGAGCCCCAUACAGUGCCCGUCUUUUUCAAUGCUACCAGUUUCCUGGAAGUGCCUGGUCGUCCAAAUCAGGACAUGUUUUCAGUCAGCUUUCAAUUUCGGACUUGGAAUCCCAAUGGACUUCUGCUGUUCAGCAAUUUUGCUGAAGGACUGGGCACCAUAGAGAUUGACCUAAUAGAAGGCAAAGUCAGUGUCCAUAUCAACGUCACUGGAGUCAAGAAAAGUCAAAUAGACAUAUCUUCAGGGGCCGGACUCAAUGACGGGCAGUGGCAUGAGGUUCGGUUCUUAGCAAAGGAAAAUUUUGCAGUGCUCACCAUAGACGGUGAUGAAGCCUCUUCCGUUCGAAGUAACAGCCCUCUGAAAGUUUUGACAGGAGAGAAAUAUCUGUUUGGAGGUUUUCUCCAGCUCUCAUUCCAAGGCUGCAUGCAGCUUAUUCAUGUUGAUGAUCAGCUGGUGGAUUUGCAUGCAGUGGAACAAGGAAAGCUGGGAAGUUUCGCCAACGUCAGCAUUGAUAUGUGCGCCAUUAUUGAUCGGUGUGUGCCCAAUCACUGUGAGCACGGAGGCAAGUGCACCCAGACAUGGGACAGCUUCUCUUGCAACUGUGAUGCAACCCGAUACAGUGGAGCCACGUGCCAUAACUCUAAUUAUGAACUCUCUUGUGAAGCAUAUAAACACUUGGGCAAACCAACAGGCUUCUACUGGAUAGAUCCAGAUGGCAGCGGCGCAUUGGGACCCUUGAAAGUGCACUGCAAUAUGACAGAGGACAAAGUGUGGACGACUGUGAAUCAUGAUUUGCAGGAACAUUCCCCGGUGGUGAGCAAGAGGCCGGAGAAGCACGCUUUGCUGCAGCUGAAUUACAGUGCCACCAUGGAUCAGAUCUCCGCCAUCACAAGCAGCGCUGAGUAUUGUGAGCAGUUCAUUUCCUACACCUGCAAAAUGUCAAGGCUGCUGAACACCCCAGAGGGCAGUCCGUAUACCUGGUGGUUUGGACGUGCCAAUGAAAAACACUACUAUUGGGGAGGCUCUGGACCAGGCAUUCAGAAGUGUGCGUGUGGCAUUGAACGGAACUGCACUGAUUCCAAAUACCACUGCAACUGUGAUGCUGAUUCAAAAAAAGAGAGAAAAGAUGCUGGCCUCCUAUCUUACAAAGACCACCUGCCUGUCAGUCAAGUAAUGGUUGGAGAUAUCGACCGGCCUGGCUCAGAAGCCAAGUUGACUGUGGGGCCCCUGAGAUGUCACGGAGACCAGAAUUAUUGGAAUGCAGCCUCAUUCAUUACUCCAUCUUCAUAUCUCCACUUCUCCACCUUCCAAGGGGAAACUAGUGCUGACAUUUCUUUCUACUUCAAAACAUCAGCAGCUGAUGGAGUGUUUCUUGAGAAUCUGGGGAAUACAGACUUCAUCAAACUUGAGCUGAAAUCUGCAACAGAUGUCUCCUUUUCGUUUGAUGUUGGAAAUGGCCCUGUGGAGAUCCAUGUGAGGUCACCUAGUCCACUCAAUGAUGACCAGUGGCAUUGGGUCACUGCGGAGCGGAAUGUCAAGGAGGCCAGCCUGCAGGUGGACCAGCUCCCCAAAGAGACCCGGAAGGCCCCCACGGAAGGACACACCCGCCUGGAGCUCUACAGCCAGCUCUAUAUUGGUGCCGCAGGAGGACAGAAGGGGUUUCUGGGCUGCAUUCGCUCUUUAAGAAUGAACGGUUUGACUCUGGAUUUAGAAGAGAGAGCCAAAGUCACCCCUGGUGUGAAACCUGGGUGCUCAGGCCAUUGCACCAGCUUUGGGAUGUACUGCAAGAAUGGUGGCAAAUGUGUUGAAAAAUACCAUGGCUACUCGUGUGAUUGCUCUGGGACAGCAUACGACGGCCCAUACUGCAAAAAAGACGUGGGCGCUUUUUUUGAAGAGGGAAUGUGGCUCCGGUAUAAUUUUUCAUCUGUGGGGAAUAACGUGAAGGACUUAGGUAGCAGAACUCUCUUGAGCUCAAAGGAAACAGAGAACGUUGUGUCAGACCAGAGCCUGAAGAAAGAAGAGCUGAGCUUUAGCUUCAGCACUAACAAAGCCCCCUGUAUCCUCCUGUAUGUCAGUUCUUACUCCCAGGACUACAUGGCUGUGCUGGUGAAUCCCUCCGGAAACUUGCAGAUUCGAUACAACCUUGGAAGCACUAAAGAGCCGUAUAAUAUUAAUGUAGAUCACAGGAACGUGUCAAAUGGACAACCACACAGCGUUAACAUAACACGGCAAGGAAGGUUUAUCAGUCUCCAGCUGGACCUCUACCCUGCCGUCACCUACACCCUGCCAGCAGCAUCAAGCCUCCAGUUCCACUCACUGAAGUCACUUUUCCUAGGAAAAGUAAUAGAACUUGGAAAAAUUGACCAAGAGAUCCGAAAAUACAAUACCCCGGGAUUCUCUGGCUGCCUGUCCAGAGUCCAGUUCAACCAGAUUGCCCCACUCAAGGCUGCCUUGAGAGCCACAAACAUCUCCUCUCGCAUCCACACAGAAGGAGAACUUGUGGAAUCCAACUGUGGUGCGAACCCACAAACCAUCCAACCAAUGUCUUCUGCAACGGAUCCGUGGCAUUCUGAUUCAGGUGCUGAUCUUCCUUACAAUGGUCAAGUGAUUGGAGGUGGGGUUAACAGGAAUUCAGCUAUUAUUGGAGGUGUCAUUGCCGUUGUGAUCUUCACCAUCCUCUGCACCCUGGUCUUCCUCAUUCGCUACAUGUUCCGCCACAAGGGAACUUACCACACCAACGAAGCCAAGGGGGCAGAAUCUGCAGAGAGCGCUGACGCAGCCAUUAUGAGCAACGACCCCAAUUUUACUGAGACCAUUGACGAGAGCAAAAAGGAGUGGCUGAUCUGAAACUGGAAGCAGAAAGAAAAGCCGAUGGCUUGGGGAAAGGGGGAGGGAAGACUUUUACAGCAAGAAGAAAAGAGCUCUCUUGCAGACUCUUGAACAAAUCUAGUUUUUAAAAAAGAUCAGCACAACCGGAGGAGCAACCGUUAGGACUGGAACUGCCACAGCAUUUCAGAAAAGGCCUUUUUAAUAUUGGUUUACUGUGAAUUUGCCCUUCUUGUAUCCAUCUAAACUAAGAGUAUAAUUUAAGAGGUUCACACUUUUCAGUCACCACCUGUCUUCUUUGUCUGUGGCUGGAGGUGUUCAGAAAUACCUGUGGAAACAGGGACCACUUUUCUAUAUUUUUUUUUAGAAGCCCUUUAGAAUGUAAAUACUUCUCUCCUGAGAACAGCAAAGCAAUCCUAAAGCCUGAGACCGUUCUUCUCUAGCAUUCUUGCAUAGAUAAUUUCCUAGAAAGGAUGUUGUACUCACAUACAGUGUCAAUGAUUGUUAUUUUAAUGCAUGGUUUAACGUUUCCACUUUGGUGAAUCUACACUAUAGAUUUAAAAUGGUUUAACAGUCACCUCCUCUCCCAGAGAAUUCAGGGAACUGUGGGGAAGGCUAGGAAUUUCUCAGUGUCCCAUCUGAUGCUACCUUGUAUGGGAGCUGCUGCACCAUGGCUCAGUCAUAUCAAAUGCUUGAGGAAUCAAUAUCGCAGUUCCUUCCCUCCCCCAAUGGCUCCAGUUCCUGGGAGGGCUGAUUCUGGCAUCUUAAGGGGUGGGUUCCAGUAUUACUGCCUGAUGCAGGACAGGACCGUGCUGCAAUGGCUCCCACAAGUUUAAGUUUAGCCCUAGCAGAUAAUUUUAGCUUCCUCACUAAAGUACAGUUUUCUGGAUUCUUCGGGGGAGGGUAGAGAGAACAUGAUUGUUGAAAAAGAUUAAAGCUGGUACACAUUUGUAGUGUAGAUCUGCCUGCAGAGAGCAAGAAACCUGGAGCAUAGGAAGCACCUGAGAGAAAACCACAUUUGCCUGUUUCAGUUGCCUGCCAUCUGUGCCAGCACCUUCAAAUCUCUGUCUGCUAAGGGCACAUAAUGAUGAUUGUGUAAAAGUACGUAACAAUAAUGUUUAAAAACUCCUCAUAUUAUCAUCCUUGUAGUUGUCAGAGAGGAGUAUCAUAAGGCACAGGAAUCCUUAGUUAAUUUCUUGCUGAGAUCUGAAGAAAGACCUUUCCAUUUGACUCUGCUGACCUGAAGUCCUCGUGCCACAUCUGUUCCACCUGUGACAUAUUGAUGCUAUACGUAUGUAGACAUAAGCAUUGCAGUAGGGAAUUAGAACCAGAUUUUAGACUUUUUUGCUUCUGUUUCUUAUAUAUAGGCUGCUGCAGAAGUACUGAUCUUGGAGAUUUCAUGUAAAACACAACAUACUGCUGAAUUCUUCUCUUCUCCUUUACAAUUUCCCAAUGGAACACUGUUCUGAAGGAUAUCUGUGAAGCAGUUUUCUCCCAAGAUGAGAGGCAGAAAUUAAGAGAUCAAAUAGUCCUGUGUGCAGAAAGAGCUGCAGAAUUGCACAGUCCUAGAGCAUGCCUUUUCUUUAAAGGUCUUUCUUAUUAUCUCUGUUCAGCCAAUUGGAAGGCAGCUAAGGCAAAAGUCAGUUCUUCAGGGACAUGGGUCAUAUA